GCCCGGUUCGGAGUUCCGCUGCAGCUUCUGACCUCCUUCCCUCCCAAAUCGGACCAUGGCGAUUUGGACCGACAGCGUGGCACACCUCGAACCGGAGGACGAGUGGCCCUUGCACGCCGUGCCCCUCUUCGUCUUCGGAGGCGUGGACCGGCCGAGGCCCGGCUACCGAGAGGAGGUGAAGUUCACCCUGCGACACGACAAGUACGUGAGCUUCGCCUUUCGCCUGCGCUGCGGCACGGGGGACCGCUACAUGGGUGGAACGGUGGGGCUGCUCCACAACCAGGAGCGCAUGGAGGCCACGGUGGGCGAUGAAGGACAACUGGCCACCAUCCUGGACUUAGUGGUGCAGCCCGACAACUCCGUCAUCGUCACGGCGUUGGGCGACAUGGCCUUCACCGUGGCGCGCACCUGGACGCCCCGCGGCAUGCGGGGCCUGCAGCUGGCCUUCGUGGACGUGCAUCGGUCUCAGGUGCCAGCGCUGCAGCCCUUGCUGACCACCUGCCAGGGGGAGCCGGGCUUGGGGCUGUUUGGGCAGCUGGUGGCCAGCUCCACGGGAUUCCAGGAAGUGGCGCAGGCGAUGGAUGGAGGCGAUGGGCCCUUUACGGUCUUCGUGCCGCAGGAUGCUGAGUUGGUGGAGGCUUUGGGGAAGGAAUCGAUCGAAGAGAUGCUGCAGAUCCCCUAUUUGCAGGACCUUCUCGCAUGCCACAUCAUCCGGGGCCGCAUUCCCUUCGAGGCCCUGUACAGUGGUCGCACGCUGAAGGCCAUCGAUGGAACAGUCUUGAUGGUGACCUUCUUGCAAUGGCCGCGCGGGGGGCCCUGCAUCAAUGAGAUUCCGGGAGGAGACAUGGACAUUGCUUGCUCCAACGGCGUCAUUCACAGCAUCAAGGGAGUGCUGAAGCCGGCGCCUCGGAGCAACCAGCGCAGAUGACUCGUGACGUAGUAGUGAGGAGGGCACGCUCUUCCGGCCAAGAUGACCGGAGGCGAUGUCGGUUUCACAUUUUAAGCGAUGCAAGGAUUUCUGGAACAGAGAGAGGGGGUAAUCUCUGAAUGUUUGCCAUGCAUGCUUUCGUGGUGUGUUACUAGUUGGACCUGAAUACGUUUAUCGCUUGUGCAUGGUAGUGCUUGUUUCACCAGGCUUCACGUUCCAAAGUGGAAUUGAUACUGGAAAUCGCAGAGCA